AAUUAAUUAUUGAAGUCAAAUAUCCAAACCGCCACGGGAGUUGUAUUCACCGCACUAUACACGGCAUUUCUCAGAUAUCUUCCAUUCUUCCUCCUUCGUCUGUUGGUUCCAUUAUCGUAUUGAUCUGAGUUAUUCGAACGCUAAAAUGAGAAAACGCAGCGUUUAUGCUUGGUCCGUAGCUCUUAUUUGCUUCAUAGUACUCAUGAUUAUAACCCCAGCUAUUCCUCAGUCCCAAGAUUACCAUAAUUUCGCCGAUCAACGCACCUUUUUAGGCAUUCCUAAUGCACUUAAUGUCAUAUCCAAUUUCCCUUUUCUCAUUAUUGGUCUCAUUGGACUUGUACUUUGUCAUUAUGGGAACUACUUUAAGCUAAGCUUACAAGGUGAACUAUGGGGUUGGACAUGCUUCUAUGUUGGUGUGGCUGCUGUUGCAUUUGGAUCUUCAUACUAUCAUCUAAACCCAAAUGAUGAUACUCUUGUGUGGGAUAGGUUACCUAUGACAAUUGCUUUUACGUCAAUCAUUGCGAUAUUCAUCAUUGAGCGGGUUGAUGAGAGGAAAGGAAUGAUCUCUAUUGUACCUCUAGUUUUGGCUGGUGUAAUUAGCAUUGUGUAUUGGAGGUUCUUCGAUGACCUCCGUCCGUAUGCUUUGAUCCAAUUUGUACCAUGCAUUGCCAUUCCACUCAUGGCUAUUUUGUUGCCUCCAAUGUACACUCAUUCAACUUAUUGGCUCUGGGCUGCAGGAUUUUAUCUUCUAGCUAAGGUACUAGAGGCCACUGAUGAUGUCGUCUACAAAUGGACUUACCAUAUUGUCAGCGGUCAUACACUUAAGCACUUAUUUGCAGCAAUGGUUCCUGUCUUCUUGACAUUCAUGCUUGCAAAGAGGAGUUUGGAACCAGAGAGGCAAAGUUUGUAUACAAUAUGGAGGAUUUCCUGGACAAAGGUCAAAGAUGGAGACUCAAAUGUUGAGAGCUACACUUACUCCAGGGUGGAGGUUGAAGAGCCACAGUAAUGUCUGUCUACAUUUCCAUCAACCACAAGAAAUGCUUAUACUAGAUUAUUGCAGAAUAUCUGUAACACAUGAUCAUGGACUCGGUAAAACAAACCACAGUAAGCUAACUUUCAUACAACAUUAACUGUAAUUAGCUUAUAAUAUGUAUAGUUCCUGAUCCUUAUCAAAUAGCAAGGACCAUUUUAGAUCUGAAUGUGAUGUCUUGUCUAGUUCAAUAAUGGUACUGUCCCACCUGCUUCAUACACUUGUAGUGCUUGUUGGCACGAGAAAUUGUUCCAACUAUUCCAAUGAUAUGUUAGACCGUGCUUACAGAACUUAUGAGGUUUACCUGGUAAGAUAUAGAUGUUAGGACAUUCCUGAUAUCUUGAUAUGCUUAUAGUCGCUCUGAAUUGAUGCAAAGUAUCUUAAAGAAAUAGUUUUGGGUUUUACUCUCCAAAGUGAUAUAGCAUGCGUAUGGAAAAAACUGAGUUUUACGUUGAGAACAUGAGCUGAGCUACCACUCUAGUUUGUAGCUUUUCAAAUUAACGGUUAAAUGUGCUUUGGGGCAUGAGAUUUUCCAUCAGAACUUGGUUCCAAAGACACUGCAAAUGAGUUGGAUAUGAUUAUCCUUGGCGAGCUUGUCUUAUCGUCUGUGACAUUUAUUUUUUGCAUUUAUUAUAAAUCUUAUUCAGCGUGUUUUUGGAACCAUGUUCACAAGCCAUCUAACACACCUCCAAUCCAAGGUUAUUAGAGAUAGUUUUUACGGGGGAGUGCAUUUUACUUGGGAAACAUUUCCAAACAUUUGCUUAGAAGCUCCAUAGUAUAAUAAUAGAUGACAUUUAUAGAAUUAUUUAAUUAUUUGUGUAUUGCAUAUUUGAAUUUGAUUAUUGAUGAAAUUUUAUGUAUGAAGUAAUUGAUAUGAAAUUACUUUAGGCCCUUUGAUGACCA